GAAUAUGGCAUUGGUGCCUUAUGAAGAAGGUGGAGCCUUCGGUCUAAAAAGGUUUCAUAGUUCCGACACAACAUACAGCUUUGUCAAUCACUCUAUAAGGAUCAAGCAGAACUGGAAAGAGCUGGGAGUUGCAGCAGUAGUUUGGGAUGCGGCAGUUGUUCUGUGUAUGUUUUUGGAAGCCGGAUCCAUCAAUCUGAAGGGAUCCUCUGUUAUUGAACUGGGCGCAGGGACUGGUUUGGUGGGCAUCGUGGCUGGAUUGCUAGGCGCCCAUGUUACGAUUACAGACCGGGACGUGGCAAUGGAUUUUCUCAAGUCAAAUGUUAACGAGAACCUUCCUCCGGGCCUACAGGAUAAAGUGUUUAUUAAGCCCCUGACAUGGGGCAGAGCAUUGGAAGACUUCCCAACAUUUGAUGUGAUAGUAGGAGCUGAUAUAAUUUAUCUAGAGGAAACAUUCCCAGAUCUUUUACAAACAAUUCUCCAUCUCAGUUCAGAGAAUUCCUUGGUUCUGCUGUCAUGCCGUCUCCGGUACAAGAGAGACCAGAACUUUCUGGACAUGAUGAAACUUCACUUUACUGUAACAGAGGUCCAUUAUGAUAGUAAUACUGAUGUUCAUAUAUUCAAAGCUCACAAGAAGAUUCAAAGGAAAGAACUUUAAGCUCACAAAAUUAUGAAACUCAUUCCUGAUUUUUUACGGAAAGCGUGUGUAAUAAUAUGUGAUGCAAGUUAAUAUAAAUUUUACAUUUAUUGUAAUAACAUGUAUUUUAUUAAGCCUGGUGACAUCCAUAGCUUAUCAGAACCUAUGGGUAAUUUUCAGACAUGACAAAAGGAACAUCAUACUACCUGCUAGUUCUACUGAGGUUUGCAUUGCUAUUGUAUGUAAAACAGACAAAACUUAAGUGCUUUUAAUACUGGGGAGAUAAAGAACCACCACCAUCACACUGGAACAAUAUUAGAAAUAUACAUCCACAAAAUCAUAUAUUCAACCACAAGGAAGUAAAGCACUCAUCGGACUUUUACAAAUUUUCCUCACACUUAAAGAGACACUAUAGUCACAAGACCCACUACAGUUUAAUG